AACGCUCGUUCCUUUUCAAGAGAUGUUCUGAAUUUCCCUCCGACUUAACUGACCGGAAAAACUCGCGGAAAAGUUCUCAAAUAUGUGAUGAUGACAAUAGAACACUGAUUUUUUCAGCGGAGAGAAAAAUUUUUUGCAGAUGGGCCUACUCAAUGAUACCUCUGAAGUCAAUCCCUGGCUGAAUGAAACGAAUCUGUGGUUAUUCAUUGAAGAAGAAAGAGGAAGUCAGCAACAACCCUUGAACACAGCUGUCCCUCUGACAGUGAUCAAUGGCCUUAUAUUCAUAACAGGAAUCACCGGAAAUGUGGGUGUUUGCAUCGUCAUACGUAAAAAUUCGAUGUUGCAUACAGCCACUCAUUACUUUUUGUUCAAUUUGGCUGUGGCUGACCUAAUAUUGCUGAUUUUUGGCCUUCCUAAUGAUGUAGCGCUGUAUUGGCAUCAAUAUCCUUGGAUACUCGGAGUUUUCUUCUGCAAAUUGAGGGGGCUUAUAUCGGAAAUGGCUUCCUACGUAUCAGUUAUGACCAUAGUUGUAUUUUCGACAGAAAGAUACUUGGCAAUAUGUCAUCCUCUUCAAAUGCAGACCCUCGCAGGACUUCCAAGAGCUGUCAAAACCAUUGUUUGCCUUUGGCUCAUUGGCCUUCUUACAGCUCUCCCAUUUUAUUUCUUGAUGGAUGUGCACUACCUUACCUAUCCGAAAAAUUCUACCGACGCUAUCGUUAUAAAAGAAUCUGCAGUAUGCGGCAUGAGGAAUCAGCCAAAAAACUUCCCUCUCAUAGAAUUAAGUUUUGCGUUCUUCUUCAUUCUGCCCCUCAUAAUAAUUUUCAUACAAUACAUCAAGAUGUCGUCCAGCAUUGCACAGAGUGAAAAACCUCUAGAUGGAAUGGGAGGCUCAGUCAAUGAGGAUAGACUUCGGAGGAGGGCCCAGUCCAACAAAUCGAUUGUUAGGAUGUUACUUGCAGUUGUCCUUGGCUUUUUCUGUUGUUGGGCACCAUUUCAUGCCCAGCGCCUUGUUAUAAUCCACGCCUCUGACUGGGAAUACAUUGAUGAAUUCAACGUUUGGAUGUUUUUCGCUACCGGAAUAUUCUACUACUUCUCGUCCACCUUGAACCCUAUUCUUUACAACGUGAUGUCAAGGAAAAUGAGGAAAGCCUUCAAAUACACCUUCAGAUCAAUGUUUUCCAAGCAAUCCGAGCAGCGAAUAUUAAGGAACUCAGACUUGUCGAGCACUACAUUCCAUGGCAGAAACUCCAGAAGUUUCAGGGAGGAAACCCAAGUUAUUUUCGGAAAUGGAAGACUGUCAGUUAAGAGGAAAAAUAACAUUGAGAAUGACGUGAGGAACGGUAAAAGAUACGACUUGAUUCAGAUGCAGAACGAAAGUAUUGUAUAAGAGCAAUAAAUGUAGAGCAAUUCGAUACAAUCUCGCUUCAGACAGUCAUAUACAUUUUCACUCCGGUGAAAAAUCACCCAAUAUUUGAAAAUGUCGAAGUUAGUACCGAACUGUGUUCUCGUGUCACUGGAAUGAACUUACAGAAAAAUAGUAUUGUAAAUACAGGUACAGUAGAAAUUGAUCUUUGUCGAAAUAUACAUAAAAUACAUGUGAUAUUGACUAGUGUAUAUAAGAUUCUUUUUUCAUACUUCAUGCUCAAAAUAGUGGUGUAAUAAGUUUGUGCUCUUUAAGCUCGAAUAUUUUUUGUACUGUUAAAUGAAUUCUUUUUGUAAUUAAACUUUUGCUUAGAAUAA